AUGUGUGCGCCCGGCGUGCCUGUCUCUCCAGAAGUUUGGGAAGAAGUGAGGUCUGCUGGUUCUGAGGAGGGAGCCAUUGAGGCCCGACAAGCAGGAGCCGGUGACUUGGAUUAUUACUGGUUGGAUCCCGCCACGUGGCACAGCCGGGAAGCGUCACCCAUUAGCUCGCAUCCUGUAACGUGGCAGCCAUCUAAAGAGGGGGACCGAUUAAUUGGACGUGUUAUUCUUAACAAGAGAACAACCAUGCCCAAAGAAUCAGGUGCAUUACUGGGUCUGAAAGUUGUUGGAGGAAAAAUGACUGACUUAGGACGCCUUGGUGCUUUCAUCACCAAAGUGAAGAAGGGUAGCCUCGCAGAUGUAGUUGGACACCUGAGAGCAGGGGAUGAAGUUCUAGAAUGGAAUGGUAAACCCCUGCCGGGAGCUACAAAUGAAGAAGUUUACAACAUUAUUUUAGAAUCAAAAUCAGAACCUCAAGUUGAAAUUAUUGUUUCAAGGCCUAUUGGUGACAUUCCCCGGAUCCCUGAGAGCUCCCACCCUCCACUGGAGUCCAGUUCAAGUUCCUUUGAAUCUCAGAAGAUGGAGAGGCCUUCCAUUUCUGUUAUUUCUCCAACAAGUCCUGGGGCUCUAAAAGAUGCCCCACAAGUUUUACCAGGGCAACUUUCCGUAAAGCUGUGGUAUGAUAAAGUAGGACACCAGCUGAUUGUGAACGUUCUGCAAGCAACAGACCUACCCCCUAGAGUUGACGGGCGUCCCAGGAAUCCCUACGUAAAAAUGUAUUUUCUUCCAGAUAGAAGUGAUAAAAGUAAAAGGAGGACCAAAACAGUAAAGAAACUCCUAGAGCCAAAAUGGAAUCAGACUUUUGUCUAUUCCCAUGUACAUCGUAGAGAUUUUAGAGAAAGAAUGUUAGAAAUUACUGUGUGGGAUCAGCCGAGAGCGCAAGAAGAGGAAAGUGAAUUUCUUGGAGAGAUCCUCAUAGAAUUGGAGACGGCACUUUUAGAUGAUGAGCCACAUUGGUAUAAGCUUCAGACACACGAUGAAUCCUCACUACCUCUGCCUCACCCCUCGCCGUUCAUGCCCAGGCGACACAUCCAUGGAGAAAGCUCCAGCAAAAAGUUGCAAAGAUCUCAGCGCAUCAGCGACAGCGACAUCUCAGACUUUGAGGUGGAUGAUGGCAUUGGAGUGGUUCCUCCAGUGGGCUACAGGCCUGGCGCUAGAGAAAGUAAGUCUACAACGCUCACCGUGCCAGAGCAGCAGAGGGUCACGCACCACCGCUCACGCUCCGUGUCUCCACACCGUGACGACCAGGGCAGGCCACGCUCACGCUUACCAAACGUGCCCUUACAGAGGAGUUUAGAUGAAAUCCAUCCAAUGAGAAGGUCGCGUUCUCCAACCAGACACCAUGAUGCCUCCCGAAGCCCAGCUGACCGCAGAGCCAGAGACGCAGACAGUCAGUACUUAUCAGAGCAAGACAGUGAGCUUCUUUUGCUGCCCAGGGCAAAACGAGGACGGAGUGCAGAAUGCCUGCAUACCACCAGUGAACUGCAGCCCUCCCUUGACAGGGCUAGGAGUGCUAGUACCCACUGCUUGAGACCAGAUGCUAGUUUGCAUUCACCAGAACGAGAAAGGCACUCCAGAAAGUCUGAAAGAUCUAGCAUCCAAAAACAGACUAGAAAAGGCACUGCCUCUGACGCGGAAAGGGUUCUCCCACCAUGCCUUUCUAGAAGGGGACACGCAGCCCCAAGAGCGACCGAUCAGCCAGGCAUUAGGGGCAAGCACCCUGCUCGCUCCCGGUCGAGUGAGCACCCUAGUGUCAGAACGCUGUGCUCUACGCACCAUCUGGUGCCCGGAGGGUCUGCACCACCUUCUCCACUUCUGACAAGAAUGCACCGGCAGGGAAGCCCAACCCGGUCUCCUCCCGCGGACACACCGCCCACCAGCCGCCGGGGAAGACAGCUGCCCCAGGUGCCCGUGCGAAGCGGCAGCCUAGAACAAGCAAGCUUAGUAGUGGAGGAGCGAACGAGACAGAUGAAAAUCAAAGUGCAUCGAUUUAAGCAGACAACAGGGUCUGGUUCUAGUCAAGAACUUGAUCGCGAGCAAUAUUCCAAGUAUAACAUACAUAAAGAUCAGUGCAGAAGCUGUGAUAACGUCUCUGCCAGAUCAUCAGAUAGUGAUGUCAGUGACGUGUCCGCCGUAUCCCGAACCAGCAGUGCCUCCCGCCUCAGCAGCACCAGCUUCCUGUCGGAGCAGUCCGAGCGCCCACGGGGCCGACUCAGUUCAUUUACCCCCAAAAUGCAAGGCAGACGGAUGGGGCCUUCGGGAAGAGCCAUCACGAAGAGCACCAGCGUGAGUGGAGAGAUUUACUCACUGGAGCACCAUGACGGCAGCCAGUCAGACACAGCUGUGGGCACCGUUGGUGCCGGCUCCAAGAAGCGGAGGUCCAGCCUGAGCGCCAAGGUGGUGGCCAUCGUAUCCAGGAGGAGCAGGAGCACAUCUCAGCUGAGCCAGACGGAGUCGGGCCACAAGAAGCUGAAGAGCACCAUCCAAAGAAGCACAGAGACGGGCAUGGCGGCCGAGAUGCGGAAGAUGGUGCGCCAGCCCAGCCGAGAGUCCACCGACGGCAGCAUCAACAGCUACAGCUCUGAAGGAAACUUAAUAUUUCCUGGAGUGCGAUUGGGAGCCGACAGUCAAUUCAGUGAUUUUCUGGACGGAUUGGGACCAGCUCAGCUUGUUGGCCGCCAAACCCUCGCCACCCCUGCAAUGGGUGAUAUUCAGAUUGGAAUGGAGGAUAAAAAGGGCCAGCUGGAAGUUGAAGUCAUUAGAGCACGAAGCCUCACGCAGAAGCCUGGCUCCAAGUCCACACCUGCUCCAUAUGUCAAAGUUUAUCUUCUGGAAAAUGGGGCCUGUAUAGCCAAGAAGAAGACGAGAAUUGCACGGAAAACCCUGGAUCCCUUGUAUCAGCAGUCCUUGGUAUUUGAUGAAAGUCCACAGGGGAAAGUUCUUCAGGUGAUUGUCUGGGGCGACUAUGGCAGAAUGGACCACAAAUGCUUCAUGGGUGUGGCUCAGAUCCUGCUGGAGGAACUCGACCUGUCCAGCAUGGUGAUUGGAUGGUACAAAUUGUUCCCGCCAUCCUCACUGGUGGACCCCACACUCACCCCCCUCACCCGCCGGGCUUCCCAGUCGUCUCUGGAGAGUUCAACGGGUCCUCCCUGCAUCCGAUCAUAGUGAACUCAUCCCGGAGUCAUGCCAAUGAAACUCUACCUUCCAGGAUAAUAAUCUGAACCAGAUAUUUCAUGAUCAAAGCAUUGUUGGAGACAGACAAUCAACUUGUGUUUUGCCUGUAGUAGUUUUCAAUAAUAUGUCCCAGUUGUUUAAAACAUGGCUUCCCAUGACAGAACAAGGCAGUCUAUCAAAGAAUCAACAUGUUAAGAGAGUCACUGAUGCUUCUAACAGAAAAAGAGGAAACUAAAUUCACAUAUGCGCACACACACACACACCAAAUUGAACAAACUGGAAACCCUCACUCUGUGAAAAGUUGUAUUCUACAUGUUUCUGCACAGACCACAUGCAGUGUUUUCUCCCUGGUAUUUAAAAGUUGUGUUCUUUUCUGCGUUUUGUUUGCGUGUUGUUGGUUGGCUUUGGUUUCUUGCGUUUUUGUUUUGUCAUCACCAUAUUUGUUAUUCGCACUUGUUUUUUGUCUGUCACAACAGGCCUUGUGAUGCUAACAGAGACCCUUCCUUUCUUUUUUCCAAAAGCACCAAAAAAAAAAAAAAAAGGGCUGAAGCAGUCUCUGUAGCACUUCCCCAGAGGACAGGGCGGGCCCGGGAGGGUUCACUGGCUUCCAUUUUCUCAUUCUUCGAAGUCUGAUGUGUGGAAAUCCAAAAGACAAAGCAUUCUCUUCCAAAAUGAAUAAUCACAGAAUUACUUUUUUUAAUGAAGAGCAUAUCUGUUUGCAUCCUAGACAAUUCAUUUAUGUUUCCCAUUGUUUUGCAUGGAAGACUUUUAAAGAAGUCAGUCUGCAGCAAAUGCUGGGAAUAAGACUAACUGCAUCACUGUACUUUGAAACACUCCUUGUAAUGCCUUUUUCUUCCUGAUAACCAACAUGAAAUCUGCUCGUGUGUAUAAACCAUACUUCGACUUCCCAGAGUGGUGACAAGGGGUGGAUUUGAGCCUAAGACACUGUCCGCUCUGCCCAGGCUGCUCAGCCAUGUCUCCGUGGAGACUCCUGUCUGCGCUGGAGACGGCAUGCCUGAGCUUUUCAAUAUUCCACUGGAAAUUCCAGUUGAAAUAUUCUGCACUAAAUUAAUGUUUUUUUAACCAAGUUUUAGUUUACAUUUCUUUGAAAUUGAUGCAAGCACAAAGCUUGAUUUUUUAAUGCAAAGUAUCUUACUUUUGGGGGGGAAAAUAAAAGAGUCAAAUUUCAAUCUGCAUUUUCUUCAUUUAGUUUUUCUCAGCCUUGACUUUCCCUUGUGACGUUCCGUACGUGUGCUGCCAGCCGCAGUCUCUGCAGGUGCAUCUCACGUCUUCCCUUCCUUCUCGAGUCACUCGACUUUUGUGGUCACACAAGUAGAGCAGCAUGACUUGGAACUGUUCAAAGCUGCAUGCACUUUUGUAAAAAAAGAAAAAGAAAAAGAAAAAAAGAAAAAAAAAGGUUAUUUAAUCAUGUAUGUUAGCUCCACAUAGACCAGCUUGUAUGUUGCAUGUCCUUGUACAGUUUGCUUGUUAAUGACGAUCCCGAAAUAACCAAGAACUCUAAGCCAUCCACUUUUGUUAUAGACAUUUUACAGAUUUUAGCCAGACUCCAUCUGUGGGUCUGGACUGAAAUGUCUAUAGAUGGACUUUAUUUUUUACCCUCCGGAAAACGUGACGUAGUACGGACCAAAUUCCUUCUAAUGAAUAUUUUGGUGUAGAUUCCUACUGUGGGGCUGUAACACAUGUAGACACUGUGUACACACUAGGUUUUAAUCCAUAGACAUACUGCCUGCACCAAGUGAAUUAUUUACUAUCAUUUACACAUGCCAGAAUUAUCUGCCCAUUGUUCCACGGGGCACAGACUGAGCCCUGCUCACCAGGCUGAGCGGGAAGAACCGAAGCAUUGGUGCACUUCUACUAGAUUCCGUUCCGUCUUAGUGGCCAACACUCAACUGAUUAUAAUUGGGUAGUCUCUUUCUAUUUUGACCACUUGUCUUAACACUCCCCUGUGCUUUUAAAUGAACUUCCAACUCAUGUAUGUAAACAUGUUUAAUAAAACUUACUUUUCAUGUCAGUCAGUAGCCAUCUGUGUUCUAUGUUUGCCAGGUUUCCGUUGUGGGGUUUGCAGGGCAGAGGGGAGCCGAACUGUGGGGAGGGAGGCUGGGGUCUGCCGUCUGCUGCGGGUGUUGACUGAACUGUCACUGUGCUCUAUUGUGUCUCCAUCUACAGCCCAGUGGGCACUUUGCAUCACAUGCGAGUUUUCACUUUGUCAGCCUGUCUGAGUGAGCACAUGUCUAUACUUCUGAAAAGUGGCAUUAUUAAAAACAAUAAAUCUCAGUAAGAAUCAAAUGGAAGGUGGUUUUCCUGCUGCUGUUUGAAUGUGCUAAUAAAAGAGACAAGAUGUUG